UUCAAAACAUGUGCUCCUUCUAAAGUUCCGAAAUUUAUUAAUCCUCCAAGUUUUAAUAAAAACAUCAAAUAAUUAACGUAAAUUAUUCCCAAAAAUGGGAACUGAUCAGCCCACUCAUCGAGCGGGAGCUCUUAAACAAACUAAUAAAGCCCAUAAAACUGGUAGACAUCGAUCUAAAGGCGCUGUUCAAGCUGCUAUUUCAGGUAAGGCCGAUAUAAAAACCGUCUCUCAUCGUCACAGACAACUUCAAAAUCGUGACCAACGUCGAGAUCAAAUGAAUCAGAUUCGUAAAAACAAACGCGAAGAAGUUAUUGCCAAAAAACGCCAAAUCGGUGGCCAACAUACUGCUCCCUUUCUCGUCUGUAUUCUCCCUCUCCACUCCCAAAUCGAUCCUCAUUCCGCAUUGGCCAUUCUCGAAGCCUGCGAUGAGGAAGCUAUCGUUGAUAAAAGUGCCGCUGGAGUCACUUACAUCAAUGUUCCUCGAUUCAAACAGAGAUUUGCUUUUGUCGUACCUCCCCAUGGUCGUGGUAACGAAUUGACAGUCCUUGAUUACUUGAAAGUUUGCGACACAACUUUGUUCCUAACAUCGGCAGCGAUGGGCGAAGAUGAUAUCUUGGACAAAUGGGGUCAUAAAAUGUUCAAUAUGAUUGUUGCACAAGGUAUUCCUACUCCAGUAGUUGGAAUCAUGGAUUUAGAGUCGAUAAAUCCCAAACGACGUCAACAAAGCAAGUCGGCAAUUCAAAAAUUCAUCAGUAAAUUGCUACCUGAUGAAAAAUGCAUGCAAUUGGACACAAAUGCUGAAGGAAUUAAUGUCCUUCGGCGUAUUGGAGGUCAGAAGAAAAAGAUUCUCCCCAACAAAGCGAAUCGUCCACAUCUCUUUGCUGAGAAAGUGGAAUAUCUUCCAAAUCCAGAUGCUUCGUUAGACACUGGAACUCUUAAAGCAACUGGUUUCUUGAGAGGAACUCCAUUAGAUGUGAAUGGAUUAGUCCAUAUCACCGGUUUGGGUGAUUUUCAAAUGACACAAAUUGAAGCUCAAACAGAUCCUUACAAACUUGAGAAAAAUCGACCUGAUUUGCCAGAUCUUCGAGUCGUUGCUGUAGCGGAUCCUGCUAAGCAAGUUAGUUUGCAGGUAGAGAAUAUCCCUGAUCCAAUGGAUGCUGAGCAAACAUGGCCAACAGAAGAUGAAAUUACUGAGGCCAAUGCGGAGACUAAGAAGACGAAGCUUAUUAAAAGGAUGCCUAAAGGUUGGAGUCAGUAUCAAGCUGCAUGGAUUCCAGAUGUGGAAACAGUCGAAGAGAAGGACGAAGAUAGUGAAGGUGACGAUGAUAGCAACGACGAGGAAGAUGAUGAAGACUUCAUGUCAUGUGAAGAUAAAUCAGAGGAUGGAGAGCAGAGUGAUGGAGAAAGUGAAACUGAAGAAUUUGUCGAGACAGCCUCGAUGUCUGAAGGAGUUGUGAAUGAUGAGAAAUACGAUCAGACUAUGGAUUUUCAAGAAGAACGUGAGACAUUGAAGAAAAUUCAAGAAGCACGAACUGAUCAGAUGUGGCCCGAUGAAAUGGAUACACCACUUGAUGUGCCAGCCAGAGAGAGGUUUCAGAAAUUUAGAGGAUUGGAAUCUUUUAGGACUUCACCAUGGGAUGUUAAGGAGAAUCUACCAAGUGAUUAUGCGAGAAUUUUUCAAUUUAAGAAUUUCGAUCGCACAAGGAGGCGAAUUGUUGAAGAAGCUAAAGAUAUUGCUGGUGCUUGUCCGGGUUGGUAUGUAACCAUUCACAUUGCAAAUGUACCAACAAGCAAAUGGAACAAGUACAAAUCUGCUCAGCAAACCAACAAUCUUGUGAUCUAUGGGCUUCUACCUCACGAACACCAAAUGUCUGUGAUGAAUGUUAUUCUCAAGCGCAUACCAGAUUCGGAAGUGCCAAUUAAAUCCAAGGAGAAAUUAAUCAUCCAAUGUGGAUAUCGCCGAUUUGUGGUAAACCCCGUCUUCAGUCAGCACACAAAUGGUGACAAACACAAGUUCGAAAGGUAUUUCCGACCAGACUCAACAGUAGUUGCUACAUUCUAUGCUCCCAUUCAAUUCUCCCCCGCACCUGUAUUGUGCUUUAAGGAAAAUCCCGAUUCAUCUCUAGCUUUGGUAGCACGCGGUUGUGUGCUCUCAUGUAAUCCAGACAGGGUGAUUCUCAAGCGUGUUGUCCUGAGUGGACAUCCUAAACGAAACAAUGGCAAAUCAGCUACAGUUCGAUACAUGUUCUUCAACAAGGAAGAUGUCGAGUAUUUCAAACCAAUCAAACUACGUUCCAAGUGUGGACGUGUUGGUCAUAUUCGUGAGUCAUUGGGUACACACGGGCAUAUGAAGUGUACUUUCGAUGGUAUACUCAAAUCGUACGAUACGAUAUUUUUGUAUUUGUUUAAGAGAGUCUUCCCCAAAUGGACCUACGAAGAGUGUUUGGUUUCAUGUGAGGAUAAAGAUGAUAAUGCGAUGGUUGAAUAGAAUUGUAUAUCUUUUUUUUAUGUAAUGAUACAUAACAGGUUUUUUUUUUAGAAAAGUUGAAAUAUAUUUAACAAUUUAAAAAUAA